AUGACGAAACUACCCUUCUUCCACUCGAGUACUGUACUGCUCUUCCUCUUUUUUCUUCUCUCAUCCAUGUCCUUUUUCGUAAAUUCAAAAAACCUUCCCACUGACGAAAGAACCGCCUUGCUAGACAUGAAAAAUGCAUGGGGCAACACCACAACCCUCCAACACUGGAACCUGACGUCAUCUCCCUGUGGCUGGCCGGAAAUCAACUGCUCCAGCGACGGCCACGUCACCAGAAUCAACAUCAACAACUACAACAUCUCCGGCAACGUGUCCGACUCCAUCGGCGUCCUCCACCACCUAACCCAUCUCGAUCUCGGUUCCAAUUAUCUCACGGGAAACUUCCCGGCCACCUUACUCAACUGCUCGAAGCUCGAGUAUUUGGACCUCUCACAAAACAACUUUUUCGGCAACAUUCCGCCGGGAAUCGGGAGCCUGUCGGAGCUCCGUCUCCUGUACCUUUGCUUUAAUUCCUUCGAUGGCAGCUAUCCGGUGGAGAUCUCCAACCUGUCAAAAUUGGAGGACAUUUACUUGUCCUCCAACAAUUUCACGCCGGCGCCCUUACCUUCGGCGUUCGGAAAACUGACGAAAUUGAAGAGUUUCCAGAUGAGGCUGACGAACAACCAGCUUUCGGGCCGGAUUCCUCAAGUAACCAAGUCGGUUGAUUUGGUGAGUGUCGACCUAUCCGAGAACAACUUGAGUGGUCGUAUCCCGAUAUCUUUCGGGAAUCUCAUAAGGUUGGAGGUUUUGCAUCUUUUUAUUAACAAUCUAUCGGGUGAGGUGCCACAGAGCGUAUGCCGACUUCCCAACCUUCAAUAUAUUCGUAUGUUCACGAAUAAUCUAAAUGGAACUAUUCCUUUUUUUAUGGGAAAAUACUCGAAGCUCUUUGAAGUCGAUGUUUCUGAGAAUUUUUUCACCGGAAAACUGCCGGAAUGUUUGUGCAGCCGUGGUGCUUUGACUAAUGUAAGUGACAAUGAGUUUAGUGGUAACAUCCCGACUAAUGUAUCAUCGUGGACGAGUUUGGUUGAGUUCGGGGCAGGCAACAACAAGCUGUCAGGCACCAUCCCGGCAGAACUGGCGAGCCUGCAAAUGCUUACGACAUUGAAUCUUUCCUCGAAUAAUUUAUUGGGUUCGAUUUCGGCCGACUUUGGUUCUUUAAAUGCCCUUCAUAGUUUAGAUUUGUCGAAUAACCAACUUUCCGGUGAGAUCCCAGCUCAGUUAGGAAAUUUAAACUUGACUUUUCUAAACCUUUCUUCGAAUCAACUCACCGGAAAAGUUCCUGACGAGUUGGAUAUUGCGGCGUUUAACGGAAGUUUUCUAAACAAUCCGAGUCUUUGUGCCACAAUCGAAAUCUCCGACCUUCCCGUUUGCGAUGCCGAAUCUCCAGCCGAAUCUCCAGUCCAAUCUCCACCUAAAUCUCCAACCGAAUCUCCAGCCGAAUCUCCAGUUCAAUCUCCACCCGAAUCUCCAGUUCAAUCUCCACCUGAAUCUCCAGCCCAAUCUCCAGUCCAAUCUCCACCAGCCCAAUCUCCAGUCCAAUCUCCACCUGAAUCUCCAGUCCAAUCUCCACCAGCCGAAUCUCCAGUCCAAUCUCCACCUGAAUCUCCAGCCCAAUCUCCAGUCCAAUCUCCACCCACGUCUCCACCAGCCGAAUCUCCAGUCCAAUCUCCACCUGAAUCUCCAGUCCAAUCUCCACCAGCCGAAUCUCCAGUCCAAUCUCCACCAGCCGAAUCUCCAGUCCAAUCUCCACCUGAAUCUCCAGCCCAAUCUCCAUUAUGGCUUCUUGACUCCAUCUAA